AUGUUCUUCACAGUCUUGGUCAACUUCCUCCUCCAGUUCGCCACUCUUGUGCAAGCUGCGGACACAGCUGCAUGGAAAUCCCGGAGCAUCUACUUUGCCCUCACGGAUCGCGUGGCUCGCAGCAGUAAAGAUUUUGGAGGUGCCGCGUGCAGCAACCUGACCACAUACUGUGGCGGUACCUUUAAAGGGCUCGAGUCAAAAUUGGACUAUAUCAAAAACAUGGGCUUUGACGCCAUGUGGAUCAACCCUGUCGUCGAGAACAAAGCGGAUGGCUACCAUGGCUACUGGGCUCAAGACUUGUACGCCAUCAACUCCAACUAUGGAAGUGCCGCCGACUUGAAGAGUCUGGUCAAGACGGCUCAUUCCAAGGGAAUUUAUGUCAUGGUCGAUGUGGUAGCAAAUCACAUGGGACCGGGUAACAUAUCCGACAACCGCCCAGCACUGCUGAACCAGACAUCUUCCUACCACGCCCAAUGCGACGUUGACUACAAUAACCAGACCAGCAUUGAAAAUUGUUGGGUGACGAACCUCCCAGACCUCAAAACCCAGAGCUCUGACAUUCGGAAACUACUGUACACCUGGGUUCAAUGGCUAGUCAAAGAGUACAGCUUCGAUGGGGCACGUAUCGACACUGUAAAGCAUGUUGAGAAGAGCUUUUGGCCUGGAUUUGUCUCCGCCAUAGGAGCAUAUGCCAUCGGUGAGGUUUACAGCGGGGACUCGGCAUAUAUGGCCGGUUAUGCGAACUUGAUGCCUGGCCUGCUCAACUACGCCGUGUAUUACCCCAUGAACAGGUUCUACCAGCAAGGGAACACACCACAGGAGCUAGUCACCAUGAUCGAUAACGUAACCGCGUCUUUUCCCGACCCUGCAGCGCUGGGCACCUUUCUUGACAACCACGACAACCCCCGCUGGCUGAACCAGACAAACGACCAGACUCUUUUGCAAAACGCCUUGGCCUUUGUCUUUCUCUCCCGCGGCAUCCCUAUCCUGUACUACGGAACCGAACAAGGGUUUGUUGGAGGUAACGAUCCUGCCAACCGCGAGGAUUUGUGGCGGAGCGGUUUCAAAACCGACACGACGUUGUACAAAUCAAUAAACAAGCUAAACGCCGCGCGCAAGGCCGCCGGCGGUCUGGACGGCAAUGACCACGAGCACCUGCUUGUGUCGGACAAUGCUUACGCCUGGAGUCGUGCGAGAGGAAACCUGAUCGUCCUCACCACUAACGCCGGAUUCUGCUCCAACGCUCAGUACUGCUUCAACACGACUAGGGCAAACGGACACUGGACCGAAAUCUACGGCGGCCAUGCUUCUGUCAGUUCCGACAGCACCGGUCAGGCCUGUGUCAAUGUGAUCGACGGGCAGCCAGUCGUGCUGUUGGCCUCGACCAAUUCAACAACGGGCACUGCGCGACCGACCACCACCGCCAAGAAGCCCUGGAGUUGGACCAACAGCACCACCAUCACCAACACCACUAACAGUGCCUGCCCAGCAUCAGUGGCUGUUUCAUUCACAGAGCAAGCAGUGACAGCCGUCGGUGAGACGGUCAAGAUCGUCGGCAAUACUGAUCAGCUGGGCAACUGGGAUGUUUCAAAAGCACCCGCUCUGUCUGUUUUGCGAAAUAACACGAGCAGUUCGAUAUGGAACAUCACUCUGCCCAUGGCGCCCGGACGCACUGUUCAGUAUAAGUUUGUCAAGGUGUCCAGCUCGGGCGGCACGACUUGGGAGAGCGACCCGAAUAGAUUCUACACACCCCCAGUUUCUCAGAGCGCGACUGUGACUGACGAAUGGAGAUGA